CCCAUCCUUAACAGCGACACUUUAACUCCUUAACUUGCCUUCAAGAUGUUACACUUUUACCAUGACUCAGUAAUCAGAACAGAGCCAGCUUCCUCUGUGGUCUCACUGGAAAUGCUGAAAUGUGAACCAUUCCCACCGCCCCAGCGUUGGUCUCACUGCAGUGUGCCCCUACUUCCAAAGUACUCCUCUUGCAGGAAAGAAGGGUGAUGAGCUGGAGAUGGAGGAUGAAGAAGGCUACACCGCUUUAAAUUUACGACCCUCAGCUUCAGUUAUUACUUCUGGAUAUUCGAACAGCAACAAAUGUUCUACGUUUAAGGCUCCGGCCAGUUGUGUCAGAGUAGGCAGAGUCUCCCCCUCAUCUUCCGUAUGGCGGCCAGUGGCCUUUGCUUUCCUCAUGUUGUGCCUGCUGCUGCUGCUGGGGCUGGUAGCCCUGCUGGCCCUGUUUUUUCAGGUUUCCAAGGAUCCUGAGGAAGGAAAGAAGCUGCAGGAAAUGAGGGAAGCAUUGUGUUUGGAAGGGAAGGAGAAAAAUGGAACAACAUGUGCUGUCUGCCCAGCAAGCUGGCUGAAGAGUGGAGCUGACAGCUGCUUCUACAUUUCAAAGGAGAAGAAAACAUGGAAGGAAAGCCAGGAGUUCUGUUCCUCAAGAAACUCCACUCUUCUUGUGCUAAAAGACACAAUAAAGAUGGUUUCUCUGCCACGGGAUUCACAGCUUUACUGGGUUGGAUUAUCAUAUAUACCUGAAAGGAGUGGCUGGUACUGGGAGGAUGGAACAGCUUUUUCAAAAGAAGUGACAAAAUGGGUCGUGUUAUAUGACAACACCUUCUGUGCCUCCGUAUAUGGACAGAUUAUUUACGCCAGCCAAUCCUGCUCAACAAAGCAAUUCUGGAUCUGUGAGAAAGCGGCUGUUCAUUUCACCUGAAGAAGCACUGCAAGAAGGGAUGUGGGAUCUGCCACUGGGAGAUACCAACUUUAGAAACUGGAAGUUUUAAAUAUAUUUUGUUUGUUUGUUUGUUUAUCAUGCAGUUUUCUCAGAAUGGUGAUUCAAAUGGGCAGGUCAUUAGAGACUAAAUCUUCCUCUUUGCCUGCAUUUUCCCUCCCAGGCUCACAAAAGAGAAAAAGAAAAAAAAGCCCCACAAAGCUAAAAACUACAGGCCUAUAAGCAACUUGAAAGAAUUAGCUACACUCAAGCAAUGAUUCUUGUGUAACUCUGUAGGUUGACAGCCACAUAUUCUUGUAGAUCUCUAUAUUCGAUGGACUCGAUGAUCUCAAAGGUCCUUUCCAACCAUGAAGAUUCUAUGAUUCCAUAUUUCUUGAACUUUAGUCAGCAUUUUAUACUAACACCUGCCAGUCAUAAACCAUUCCAACUGCAUCCCUGAUGAUUUUACUGACUGAAUUACUUACUGUACACGCUAACUACUCUCCACCCACAAUCCUCUUCUAGAUCAGUUUGCCUAGGCAUGCCUUCUUCCCUAAAUCUGUUCUUCCAGCUGUUCCCCCGUUUGAGGUAUGGGGAUACAGAAAGAACACAAGGCUCUAUUCAUCCAUGAAAUUCUUUUCACAUAUGCAUUAAUAUUUAUAGGAAAAAAAGGACAUUUUUUUAUAAGACUACAGGGAAUGCCUGGGAGCAGUCUCUGUUAAAAGUAGAGUCAAAUGUCAUGGCUGGAUUAAGACAUUACCUGAAUAACUUCAGUGCUACCAUAACAUUAAUUGCUAUGCAAAUAGCAGGGAGGAUAAUAAUUAUGUGUUCCAUUCAGAGCUACACUCAAUUGGUACGCAAACUGAUGCAGAAUCCAUUGCCACAAAUCUUACCUGAGCUCUUGUAUUACAUCCACACUGUUUGGGAUCUCUGGAGCCCAAGGUACACUCUAUGCAUCAUGUGUUAUUAAAGCACUUGUCAUACUUGAAAGAAAAUGAUGCCUCCGCUUCUCUGGGUGGAGUUUCAUUGCAUGAGUUCUUUGAAGUUCUGUAUGUCAGCAUCUGUUUUGUAUUACAUAUGCACAUAUUCCUUGCACAUAUGUACCUCGUAUCUAUG